AUGCUUCCUUUGGAACCAAGAGUAAUUGUAGAGCAGGCUGUUGAUGAUUCCACAAUGACACCUAUGAGUCGGUUUACCAGCAUCAUGGAAGUACUAAGGUUUCGAGGGUUGUAUAUGCCGAAUGCAAAAGCAUACUCAGUCGUCGAUAUCAAAGGCAGGGAAACCGCUGCAUGGACAUGGGAGAAAUUGCAUGGAAGAGCAGAAAAGAUCAGCCAGACCAUCUUGGAGAAAACACAGCUGCGUCGUGGAUCCAGAGUGGCACUCGUGUACAGAAAGUCAGAGAUCAUGGAGUUCUUGGCUGCAUUUUACGGAUGUAUGAUGGCAGGGAUGACAGCUGUACCGAUCAAUGUCAUUGAGGAAUUCGCAGAAAUGACUUAUAUUCUCAGUUACACAAAGUCUGAGCUAGCACUGACAACAGAAUACAACCAUAAGGCACUAAGCAAAGACCUCGCCUUGCAUAAAGGUGUUGAUUGGCCCCUGGGCGUCACUUGGUGGAAGACUGACACCCUCGGAAGUUGGAACCCAAAGAAGAAGGAUGGCUGGCCAGAUAUCGAGCUCCCUGAUCUAGCCUAUAUCGAAUAUAGUAAAGCUCCUAAUGGCGAACUGAAGGGAGUCGCCGUCAGUCAUCGAACCGUGCUUUCACAAUGUCAUGCCAUCAAACAAUCACUUGGGUCCAAUCCCAACAGACAAUGCGGCAGCGCUCUAUCUCCGUCUUCACCCACCACCAUCUCGACACCUGUUGAUACCAAGAAGACCGAUGUCGUGUUCAGCUGGCUGGAGCCACGACAGCAGGUAGGCCUUGUCCUUGGAGGUCUUCUUGGAGUAUAUAGGGGUAGUCAUACCGUCUUUGUGCACAGUGGGAUCACAGACACGCCUGGUCUUUGGGCUCAUUGUGCACAAAGAUACCGUGUCACUCUAGCCAUGGGUGAUUAUGAAGGUGUGCGAGAGCUCCUACGAUUCAGACCAACAGAAGGAGCCAAGAAAGAGGCACCGAGUCUGACAUGUCUUGAGACGUUCUUGAUCGAUGCUGUGAUGGUAAAACCUCUUCUGGAUCUACAGUUCGCGAACGAGUUCUUGACGGACCUUGGAGUGCCUUCACCUCACCAGGUGGUCGUGCCCAUGUCUAGCUUACCAGAACAUGGAGGGAUGAUUUUGAGUAUGCGAGACCACCUUGUGUUCCCACGAGGGGCAGAUUUGAUUGAUUUUGGGUUUGAAUAUGAGAUCCCAAGAGGACCUGUACCGGAGCCAGGGGCUCGACGUCGACCUCUGGGAUAUUCGCCAGCGUCCAAUACCAUUUGUCAUUAUUUAUUAGAUCGAGGAGCCUUGAAGAGCAAUAUGAUCCAAGUCUUGGCUACAGGAGAAGAAGCAUUAGCACGAGCAUCAGAACGAGGAGUUGUGCUUGUUGGAGCAUUUGGCUAUGCGUCACCUCGAGCCACUCUCGCCAUCGUCGACCCAGAAACAACAGCUUUAUGCCAACCUAAUCGAGUCGGAGAGAUCUGGAUUGACUCACCAUCGAUUGCAUUCGGGUUCUGGGAACUUCCCAAACAUUCUCAAUCAAUUUUCCAUGCCCUGCCCUUAAUUGUCCCUGUGGAUACGAUGAUCCCUGAAGUGUACGAUCCAGUCCCUGCUGGGUUCUUGAGGACAGGCCUAUUAGGAGGAUUGAUUGAAGGACGGGUGGUGAUCUUUGGAUUGUAUGAGGACAGGAUUCAACAGGAAAUUGUGGAUUUGGUCCAUCCAGAGAUCGUUGAAUUCGAUUACCAUUACACAGGUGAUCUUGCCAACACUAUCCUUGAUCGUAUUGUUGGCUUUACAGCAUGUAUUACCUUUGAAUGUAUAGUCAACAACGAGCACUUACCUGUGAUCUGCGCCGAGACACCAAGGACUCAGCGGGUUGAUCUUGUGAAGCUCGCUGAUUUUGCUAAACAAGCAAUGAUGGAUUAUCAUGGAUUACGAUUGUAUUGCAUAGCGAUUGCGCCGAUUGGGACUCUACCACGAGCGUUUAAGAAUGGGAAGAGAGUACUGCAUCCUGUCUUGUGCCGCAAAUUAUUUGAACUAGGUCGAUUGAGAUUAAUGCAUAUCCAUACCUCUGUCGACGACACUGUCUUCAAUAUCCCCUUUGGGGAUGAUACCACUGGUGGCAUUUGGGGGGCACUUGCUAUACGUGAAGCUACUAUGCCGUCACAUGCUCGCAUGGUCCAGUUUUCAUGCUGUGACUAUCCUAAAGAGGUUUUGGACGAAAAGACGAAAAUCAAUUUAUCUCAGUUUACUAGCCUACCAGAGAUCCUUGCCUGGCGUUCUGUUGUAAAUCAGGAGGAGACCGCGUUUGUAGGGGUCGAUAGUCGUGGCAAGGAUAUCAAGGGAGUGACGUUCCGCAAGUUUGGAAUCAAAGUGGUUUCUAUUGCUCAAUAUAUUGAGAAACGUGGAGGGUUCAAAACUGGAGAUAAGGUCGUGUUGCUAUUCCCUAAUGGCGUAGAAUUCGUAGCAACCAUGUAUGCUUGUUGGUUCCUUGGAUUGGUCCCAAUUCCGAUCCAAUUACCGGAAGCAUCUCAUUUGCAUGAGGAUAUUUCAUUGUUGAUGGGACUUUUAGCAGAACUCAAGAUUGCAAAUCUGAUUGGAAACACUGCAACGGACGAGUUAAUGAAACAAAAGACAACACUGAUUCAUAUCAAGGCAUGUAUCGGAUCAACUACAACGACCGCAGCAGCAGCACCACCCACAGUCUUCAAUGUAUCCAAGGCUCCCAAGGUCAAUAAAAACCUGGGUAAGGAAUCAGGAUAUGCUGCGCCCCCUCCAGUGGCUCUCAUAAAGUCCGCACCAGCCGCCAUCUUUGUUCAUUAUUCUACAGAUAUGAGACGAACCUUGGUCAAAGUAGAUCAUGCUGCGUUGAUGGCACAGGCUAGGGCACAGAAAGUUCAAUGUCGACUCAAGACCGGAAGACCUAUUCUGUCCUGUUGGAAGACGUUCUCAGGAAUAGGUCUCUUGUACUCUUGUGCUCUAGGCGUCUACGUGGGCGCGCCCACUGUGAUGAUCCAGUACUCUGACUUUACAACUAGCCCUCAUAUCUACUUUGAGGCUCUCGAAAGACAUGGAGGUCGGGAUGCACUUUUGAACUAUGCAAUGCUGGAACAAGCGAUCAACUCAUCAGAGCCGGUCUCGGUCUCGUCCUUCAACUUUACAGGAGUCAAAAACUUUGUGUUGAAUUCUGAAGGACGACCUCGAACGGAGGUGAAUCAGGCGAUUGAGAGAAGAUUUGCACAAUCGCGACUAGAAAAGACAGUGAUCAAUGCGAUGUUUGGACAUAUGAUCAAUCCUAUGGUGACCACCCGAUCGUACAUGAACAUUGAGCCUGUCCGUCUACACAUCUCCUUGAAGGCUCUCCGACGAGGAAUUGUCCAAGUAACGACAGAACAGGAGGAUCCUACUGGCAUCUGGAUCGAGGAUAGCGGUAUUCCUAUCUGUGGAACAACAGUUGCUAUUGUCAAUCCUGAGACAAAGGAAAUCUGUUUGUCGCGGGAGAUCGGAGAGAUUUGGGUAUCGACAAUGGCGAUGACAACUGCAGUCAAUGGCUCAGCAGACAAACCAACUGGAGAACCAGUGUCACCUUCAGAUGUCAAUAGCCGAUACAAUGUCACUAUUGCAGGAGGAGAUGCUAGGAUUAGCUAUGUUCGUACAGGAGAGGUCGGUUUCCUUUGGAACUACUCUAAGGAGAGCUUCAAUGGUGGCAAGCCAACAAGUCUUUUGUUCGUCCUGGGCUCCAUUGGGGAGACCUUUGAGGUGAAUGGAUUGAUGCACUUCCCUAAAGAUAUUGAAGCGACCAUAGAGCGAUCGCACCCUAAUGUUGCUCCAAACGGAAGUAUUGUCUUCCAAGCGGAUCAAGCUGUAGUCUGUGUGAUCCAGGUUCGCCAAGCAGAUGUGACAGUAGUGAAUUUGAGUUUGUCUGUCAUGCACCAAGUUCUGGAGAAGCACCAAUUCGUACCCGAUGUGAUUGCUAUAGUGGGCGAGGGUGUAUUGACCAAGAACCGAUAUGGUGAGAAGCAGCGUGGCAAGAUGCUUAGCCUCUUCAUGAGCUCAAAGAUGUAA